CUAUAAAUCCCGUAUUAAAAUAAUGAAGGACGCAUUUGCAAUUUAAAGCAGUUAAGGAAAAGAACUAAAAAUAGACAAUAAAAUGCCCAUGAAUAUAAUAAUUCUCGUCAGAUUACCGAGGUGGGCUGACUGUCAUUAAUAUAGGCACAGUCUCAAUCUUCGAUAAAUAACGCGAGCGGUCAAUCGCUAAAAUCGAUAUUGGAGCGGGAAUAGAAGAAAAUCAAGAGGGCAGGACCAAGUUGUCACAGCAUAGCCUAAAACUGUCAUCGGUUAAAUCGUCCCCCGUCGAGACGCAACAAAAUUAACCAAAGCUUAAGUUGCGCGCGAUUAGUACGACGGCUAAUUAAAAAGGCAAGGGGGAACGAACAAAAGUAGUAAUAGCGGGAUCAGGCUACGCCACCACGCGGGCCUUUGUCAAAACAAAUAGCAAACGUAGUAUAUAACCAGAGCAAGCGAGGAAGCUCAACUUUGUACUUUGUAUUACAAGCAACAGCAUAAUAUACGGACGCGCGCGCGCGGGCGCGGCUCUCUCUCGCACACGAGCGCACGCGGUAGCCGAAGUCGCACCCACACGCGCUCUCGCCGCCUCACACGCACAGGAUCUCGAAAAGUCCAUCGUCCCCGACCCCCGUACCUUGUAGCCGCUGAGUAAGUGCGUGCGGGUAUCGCGCGCGCACAUUUUCAACGGACGACGGUUCUCGCGCGCGCACAUUUUCGACGGACGACGGUUCUCGCUCGCGUCGAUCGUUCGUUCGUUCGUUCGCCGCUGUCUCUCUGUCGGGCUCACGUCUCUUCUUUCCUCAUCUUUUUUCAACGGCGGGGACCGACGGGCAAGUCGACCGAGUGUCUCGCUGCUCAAGCCGAGUUGCGGAAACGGGAAGAAGAGUGAGUUUGUAACGGCCGAUACGGGGGAAACAGCCGCGUCGCGCGCCUAACGAGGUGAGAGGCAAAAAAGUAUAGGCGCGCGUGUGCGUUUAUGCAUGCAUGAGGUGCGUGCGCGCAAGUGUGCGUUUGUAAAAAUCCACCGGUUCUUGAGUGCGGAAUAGAAGGUAGUGGAGGUACCGCAGCCCGCGGUGACGCUGACUUCCGAGAACCAUGCGACACAAUCGCCUAGUCUAAUCAUUGGCAAGGAUAGACGAAAAUUCUUUCUCGAAGAAGAGCCAACCGUUUCGUGCCCUCCUCUCGCUCUCUCUCUCCCUCUGUUCGUCCUCCUCCUCUUCCCCUUCCUCUUCCUCUUCCUCUUCCUCUUCCUAUCGUUUUCCGUUCCUCUUAUUCGGCACAAAAAGAAAUCGACUCAGUUGCCCGUAAAGAAGAGGGUGAGAGAAGAAGAGUUAUCCGGAAAAGGGGUUACGCGGGAAGAAAACGACGAUUACGACGAGGCGCCGGAGGGGGAGGAGGAGAUGAACAGCAAGACAGAUGUAAAUAGGCGGGUACUGGCUAUUCAGGCGAAAAAGAAGCGCCACAAGCCUGGCAAACGCAAGGGCAAGGGUGGAGGUGGUGGUACUGGUGUUGGUGCAAGUGCACCAACUAACGUAGGUUCCCAGCCUGAUUCUGAACAACAGCUACAACAGCAGCAGCCCCAGCAACAGCAACAACAACAGCAACCACAACCGCAACCGCAACAGCAACAGCAACAGCAACAGCAAUUGUCGAAGAAUCAAACGAGCCAGCAAGAACAAACCACCUCGGGCUUUAAUCAGCAGAACACCAGGAAGUACUAUGGUCGCAACGAUAGCAGGGUAGAAUUAUGUGCGAGUUCUAGUAACGAAACAAUUGAAUAUAUUGACGACAUGUAUAGUAGUGAAGAUGAUGAGCAAGAAGACAGCACAGACUAUUGCAAAGGUGGUUAUCAUCCGGUAAAAAUAGGAGAUCUUUUUUUAAAUCGAUACCAUGUGACAAGAAAACUAGGAUGGGGUCACUUUUCUACUGUGUGGUUGUGCUGGGAUUUGCAGGACAAACAAUUUGUAGCACUUAAGGUCGUGAAAUCUGCGUCGCACUUUACAGAAACAGCUUUAGAUGAGAUAAAACUGUUGAAAGAUGUACGGGAUACAGAUCCUACUGAUCCAAAACGCAACAAAACCGUCCAGUUGCUGAAUGAUUUCAAAAUCAGUGGCAUUAAUGGUCUACACGUUUGCAUGGUAUUUGAGGUGCUUGGACAUAAUCUUCUUAAGCUGAUCAUUAAGUCCAAUUAUAGAGGAAUCCCUCGAAACAAUGUUAAACGUAUAAUUAGACAAGUUCUAGAAGGAUUAGAUUAUUUACAUAAUAAAUGCCAAAUUAUUCAUACAGAUAUAAAGCCCGAGAACGUGCUGAUCUGCGUGGAUGAGGCGUAUAUUCGUAAUCUUGCCUCCGAGGCGACAGAGCUUCACUCAUUAGGUCUUAAGUUGCCUGCAUCCCUUAUAUCUACGGCGCCGAAGCAAUUCCAGGAGCCGGUGCCAAAUUCCAAGAUGUCGAAGAAUAAGAAGAAGCGCCUUAAAAAGAAGGCUAAACGUCAGAACGAACU